AUGCGUGAACUCGUUGGAACAAAAACCUCUGGCUCUAGUUCUGGUGGGAUUGGAUUGGACUGUCUGCCAUCGGCUUCGAUGCUCUCUGUUUCUUUCUUGAGUUCUUCACUUCCUUUUGCUCCAGAUGCAUCUAGGGUUCCUCGUGUUCGGAAUUACUGUACGGGGAAUGAUGUUUCGUGGGAUCAAGAAAUUACUGUACGGGGCUGGGAUGGAGUUUACAUUGGAUCCUCUGUUUUUGGUCCAGCCCCACUAGAAGGACAAGAAGAAGACGAGGAGGAGUUUUCAUUCAAUCCUCCGCAUCCUUUGUUUACAGCAUCUAAAACAGGAAUACUAGAGAUUCUUUAUGAAAUGCUCAAAGAGUAUCCUCAGGCUGUUGAGCUUCUUAACACAAAAGGGCAGAGCAUAUUGAAUCGUGUCAAGAAGGCCAUCCUUUCUUAUUAUACCAAGCACCGCGACUUUAAGCAUGACAUAACUGCAGAGGAGCUCUUCAAAAAGAACCGCAAAGAGCAACUCCAGGCAGCGCAACAAUGGAUCAAGGAAACUGCUCAGUCAUGCUCAGCUGUAGCUGUUUUCGUUGCCACCAUUGUCUUUGUUGCUGCCUACAAUGUACCUGGUGAUGACGAUUUUCAUUACUCAAUCCCUCGAAAACUGACUUUGGGAUUCACUUUACUCUUCUUCUCCGUGAUGACAACCAUGUUUGCUUUCGCUGCCACCAUUUUACUCAUCAUUCAAUCGGAGAAAAAAUUGACAGCUGGUUUGAUUUCAAUUGCCGCGUUUUUUCCCGUUUCAAUAUCUGCGUUGAUGCAGUUCCGUUUGUAUGCUGCAUUCAGGGGUUCCAUGAAGGGCUUCUUUAAGGCAAUGAGGAGGUUCCUUCCUUGGUUUUGUAAGUUUCCUCUACUUAUCAAUCACCUAUUGUAG